AUGACAACUACUCUAACGCAGGUUUAUUCUUGGAUGGCUUCGAUUCACUUGAACGCGUCUACGGUAUUGACUAUUUGCUCUGGCAUCACUUUCGGACUUCCCACAACCCCUGCUGGCGCCAUUCCAGGCACAUUAAUUCCUCCAGGUGUUAUUCCGCCAUCUUCAAUCCUGACAUUACCACCUCCACAAGGGAUCAGCGUUCCGCCUCUUAUCACUACCCUUCCAGUGUCAAACGGCCAGAGCGUUGUCUUCACUCUGCCCAGCCUCACCGCACCAACGACCAUCACAACUGCAGGCUCCACGUUCACGAUCAGUCCUCCGGGAUUCCCCGGAGGUUCCACGGGUCUUGAUGCGAGCCAAAGCCAGCCUACUCCCUCCAUCACCACGCUGCCCAACGGGGGUGUUCUUACCUUGCCACUUGUCACGGCGCCAACAACGCUGAUAACGAGCGGAGCAACUUUCACACUUUUGCCACCAGACCAAGGAACUACCCUGCCCCCUCCUGGCCAAACACCCCCAUUCAUCACAACACUGCCGAACGGAGAUGUUAUAACUUUGCCAACAGGCACGGCGCCUACAACUAUCACAACUGAUGGCGCAGUAAUCACACUUCUUCCGCCGCCAGUGGGAGGCAUCACGACACAGCCCGGGCAGCCUGGCGCGACAAGUGGACCCGGCCAACCAGCGCCGUCUGUGACAACUCUACCGGAUGGAGAAAUCUUCACAACCCCCAGCGUCACCGCGCCGACCAUAAUCACGACUGGUGGCGCGACUAUCACGGUCUUACCCACAUCUAGUGCCAGCAGGCCUCCACCAUCUGUCACGACCCUCCCUGACGGUGCCGUAUUCACAUGGCCAAGUGUCACAGCGCCCACCGCAAUAGCAACAGACGGAACCACAUUUACAGCACUGCCACUCCCAUCAGGAAACACGCCACAGUCAAGUGUGAUAACUCUUUCUGAUGGGGGGAAUUUCACAAUUCCAAGCGUUACCGCACCCACCACGAUUACCACCGGCGGCCAAACGAUCACGCUGCUCCCAACUCCGUCAGCCUCCCCAGUUAUCACGACUCUGCCCAGUGGUCAAGUGACGACGUUGCCUCCAAACUCAGUGCCUACGCCAAGUAUUACCGUAUUGCCUGAUAGUUCAACUUUUACGUUUCCUUGCGUCACUAGUUCAACUUCAAUAGUCACGGCUGGCGUGACGAUCACGCUGGUCCCGGGCGGCUUUCCAUGUGUAGCACCACCUUCACAGCCCACGGAGAGCACUACGCGUCUACCAGACGGCUCAGUAUUCACAUAUCCCUGCGUACCUACCCCGUUGACGACCUUGACUGGAGGUGCAUCGUUUACCAUUUUCCCAGGCUGGCCAUGCGUGGGUGUGCCGAUCACCACAUCGUCGACAACCACGCCGACGACCACGCCGCCUGGUACCGUCCUCAUAACCUACGCUACUUGGCCAUCGUUGAGUUCGAUUGUUCCCGUGACCACAACGAUUGAGUCCGAAUCUGAGGAGACAGGCGGUCACACUGAGUCUUCGUGCAGACUCUGGUUCUUCUUUACCUGCAUCUCCUGGGGCAAUAUUCACAUCGGCGGGUGGGAGUGGUUUGUGCUACCCGGAGUCUAUCCACCAUGCCGCGACCCUGGAUCUUGUCCGCCGAUCAAGUUGCCUGACGACCUUCAAUUGUCUAUCAGCCUUGGACCUUGGCCGACGCUCACCAGUAUCGGAAAUGAUCACCGCCUCACGUUUGAUCAGAAACCGACCGACUUGACGACAAACCCCACGACUACCCAGACCACGUCUUCAACGGUAUUGUCCACAAGUAUCACAUACGCUGCGUGCGGCGCCACUUCCACUGGCGAUGCCACGACCAAAGCCUCCACGGCGGGAUGCACAGUAGCGCCUACCGGAGUCGCUCGAAGGGCUGCAUCCUCUGCUGGUGCAAGUCCUCUCGAGGCGCGCGGGCUGGGGCCGAACGACUUCGACUUCACGUGCGAACGGCAAUCGACCAAGAAAGCGGUCAUCUAUAUCGCUCAAAACAGCCGUGCGGACACACAGGUCAUCAAGGAUAUGCUAGAACGCCGGAGGCACCAGAACGGGCGCGGCUACUUCGAGGAUAUGGAUGCAGCCGCGACCCAGGUCUUCAAAGACCAGCCGCAGGUUGCGUCAGUGGUUCUGUAUGACAAUGGGUCUCGUUCAUCCAACAAGAUAAGAUCUCUCAAAGACGACAACCUCGCCCGCGCGGAGCUUUCUACUCGAAAUGUCAGGGGCAGGGCUGUGGUGAAGACGGAUAGCAUCAUCGCCUGGGAACGAUCACAGGUUUCCUGUCCUCCAGGCGACAAUGAGGACUGGGGUUUGUAUCCAGGCCCCUACCAAGAGAACAUAUUUGGUGGACCAGGGCACGAGUACUAUGCCUACUGGGACGACACCGGCGGAAGAGGAUCGAUGAUCUACUUUCUCGAUGACGACAUCCGGGCAACACACAGCCAAUUUUCGAACAAUCCGAGGAGGCAGCCAGACAUCAUAGCAGAGGGUCAUCAUCCCAACUUUGAUGGCAGCGGUAACGCUGCGCACGGAACGGCCCAAGUCGGCGCUGCCAUCGGAAAGGACGUGGGAUUCGCGCCGAAUGCCGGCUGGAAGUUUGUUGCACUCGGGGACCAAGGUCAGUAUCAGCACUUCUCCGGCUGCUUUCCCCUGAUUUCGACUCUGGUUGUGAAACAUAUCUCUUUCCUGCUUGUGUCUGACUCUAGCGGUGCUACAGGGGACCAAUUUAUUGAUGUCCUUGCACGCAUUCGAGACGACUUGUCUACAAACCCCGGGGAAGGUGUUGUUUCGAUUACCAUCGGAUACGAUAUCCAUACCUAUGAUGAUCCGAAUACCGAUGAGGCUAAAGACUAUCGAGCUUGGCUGCUAGCUAUGGAGGAUUUACUUCGCUCCCUGAUGGAUGACAAAAAGCUGGUCAUUGUCGUUGCCGCAGGAAAGGGCAGAACCCAAAACCCGCAGCUUGCCGAUAGAAUCGACCACUGGCCGGCCAAGUUCAAGGUAGAUGGGACCUUGAAGGAAAUAAUUCUCGUUGGGGCUUCUGACAAGAAUGGCCGUCGCCUACUUGACUCGCCCGCAAACGUGGCGAUUGACACCUUCGCCCCCGGCGGGUCCAGUCAAGUUCCAGGAAACGUUAGCGAUGCAGACAUGAUGCCAUACAGCGGCACGUCCCUCGGUGAGCCACAUGUGCUGUCCGAUAAAUGCCUCUGCAUACUGACUCGGCUUGAACAUGCUUCAGCUGCUCCUCGUGUAGCAGCACUGGCAGCGUACUUUAAAGUCUUGCCAACCAGAUGGGCUGCGAAUCCGACACUCGCACAGAAUCCCCUGUUUGAGCCAAGCAACGUGAAAAGACUCAUCACGCGUCUACAUAGACAGUUUGUCGACAUGACCCAGGAUGGCGCAACAACAGCCACGUAUCAAGGUGAAAUUCCCGAGCUCGUGAAUGUUGUGUGGAACGGUCAAGACCAAGAGACGGAUUGUCUGUUGGAUCCAGGAGGAAGGCCCGGACAGCGACAUAAGCGACAAGGCCAGAACAGCGGCGGGUCCUGUCCCCUCCUGCCCGCACAACUCACGGAUCUCCCUCUUGAAGGGACUCUCGUUAACCUCCCGCCAUUUGCUCCGGACCCGACAAAAGCAACUACGGCACCGCCCCUCCCUAAUCUGCCAACAUUGUCGAGUAGAUCUCUGGACUGCUCAUCCACUACCACAACGGUGGAAUGCAACGGCCCUCCAGACCAGCAGGCGUGUGUCACAAAGCCGGUCUGCUACACCCCGCCGCCUCCCACGACGACGACGACUCCUGAGCCAGCGCCUACAAGUGCUCCGUGGGCACCACCGGUUCCCACAAAAGGGUUCUGGCUUGGGACAGUGUAUUACGCCGGAGUCGACCACAUCAUCGCCGUGCCUGAUGACGCCUCGAGCUGCAAGUACUUCCAGACCAAGGACAACCCCAUUGGAUUCCAAGUCAUUCAGCAGGGGUCUCAGGAUCAGCCUGCGGCAGACCUGUCGCCGCGCGGCGGCUUUUCCCUCACGAGCCUCAUCAUCCCGACCCCUCCAACCAAGAAGCAGCCUUACCACAGUCUGUGUGGCAACGACCGCCUUAAGCUUUGGUUUAGAGCAGCUUUCGCAGACCCUGACGUCUAUGAGUUCGUCGCCCAGCCGGUCUGGCCGCCUCCACCGCUGGGCCCGCUGGGAUACUGUACGCAAGUGAAGGAUCCUAGCACAUGCAACGCGGCAACCAAGGGAAGUUUGCCGGUCAAGCUUUUGUGGCACUGCGAGAGGACGGACGAUCCUGGAUGGUGUAGUACGGCACCACCUCCUAACUGA